GCCAAUGUUGUGGUCGGAAAUCGGGCCGGGUCGUCCUCUGAGCUGAGCUCUCAGUCGCCCUUCACCAGAGAAAGAGUGCUCUUCUCAGCCAAAACACACACCUACGCAGCGUUAAACCAUGGCGGGGACACUUGCACGGAAAGCUAUCGACCACCUGAAGAGCAAAGAGUUCAGGGAAUAUUUGAUGAGCACGCAUUUCUGGGGUCCGGUAGCAAACUGGGGUCUUCCAAUAGCCGCCAUCACAGAUAUGAAGAAGAGCCCUGAGAUUAUCAGUGGCAGGAUGACCUUCGCUCUGUGCUGCUACUCAAUUCUCUUCAUGAGGUUUGCUUACAAGGUGCAGCCACGCAACUGGCUACUGUUUGCUUGCCAUUUGACCAAUGAGUCGGCCCAGCUAAUCCAGGGAGGUCGUCUCAUCAAAUACAACAUGGAGAAGAAGAUGAAAUCUUAGUGGCAGAGUGAAGCAGAUGCAGAAUGUUCACUGCAGAGUGGCACCACACUGCUGCAACAGCUGUCUGAACCUGGACAUCAGAACGAACGCAACUAAACAUCUCAUCUAAUCACUGAAACCAUGGCACUUGCACCGUUUUUUUAAAAUGAUGGUACCAUGAUUGAUCAUGCUCAUUAAGUUUUAGCCACUUUCUACUGUACAGACAGAAAAAAACAGAUGCUUUCCUCCAAGAAUUAAGGUCAACUCUGAUUUAUUUUUAGAAUUUUUCAACAUUCAAUAUGACAAAAUAUCAUGUAGGUGAAUGUGCACCCAGCUAACCAGCCUGACAGUUAGCUGCCUUGCACACUGGAUCCACCGUCUGUUGCACAAAUCAGGCUUAAGUAAUCAUUACUCACCAAUCAUAUAAUUUUAGGUCAUCAGCAUUAAUAUUUUCAUUACUUUGCAUCCUCCUAAGUAAUUAAAAUAUUAAUGAUAUUUCAUGUAAAACUUAGCCUAAGGUCAGCUUAUGUAAAUAUGUCCACACCGUAGCAGAUACUCACUUGCUAAGCAUACAGACAUUCAUUCAUUAACCUUUACCUAAACACAGAGGACACGCAGAGCUAUGAUUUAUGUUUGUUUUGCCCUUUAGCAAGAUUUUAUCCUGUAUAAUGGAAACAGAGUGAAUGAGGAUCCAGUUUGGCAUGGUUUUAUAACAGGGUGAUAAAUAAGACAAGCUGCUUCUGUCAGUGCUGACCAUACAUGUACUGUGUGUUGUUGUUGUCAUCAUGUCAUUCACAUUAAUUUAUUGUCAUUGUAUAAUUCACAUAAUUUUUCCCUGACAAAUGAUUUGAUUCCCUGUGUUUGUUCAAAUAAACUGGUUAGAACCAACUUGAACACAAUUAA